CUCAGCAUGGCCAAUAUGGAUGCCGACCUGGUCUUGAUCGAAUCUGAUUCAGACAUGAGUUCGACCUCGCAAACGGCUCCGACCAGCCGAAGGAAAAGAAGACGCGAAGAAGAGCAACACGAUGAAUCGCAAAUGGUUCCAACCGGCCAAAGGAAAAGAAGACGCAAGAGCAACACGAUGAGUUGCUGGAAAUGCAUUGUUCUGGCUGCAUGGUGGCAAUCUCUGAUACCCAGAUAGUCUACUUUUUUCCGUUCUGCAAAUGCGUAGGUUUCUAUCCCUUGACACUGUUUGCAUCUCACUAAACUUGAUAGAUUUACUGCAAUCAGUGCACAGUUCGACCCGUCCUGAACCAAAUUCGCGCACGUGGCGUCAGCAUCCUUCAAGAGGCGGUACUCGGUAUAAUGUUACACAAGGAAACAAUACUCCCUAAGGUUGUAAUCGAUAAGGCGAAAUGCCACCACACUGGUUUGCCAGGUGCAAUCAAAUGUUAUGGUGCCGCCUGUACAUUAUGCUUAGAGGAGGUACUACCGAGCCAAGGAUGUGGAUAUCUGCCCUGUGGUAUGACAUAACUCUUUCUCCUCUAACAGAGAUAACAUCAAGCAGGCCAUUCAUUCUGCAAGUCUCACAUCGAAGAAUGGUUUAAAACAGCGAGGACAUGUCCUACAUGUCGGAUAAGUA